GGAAGAGAAAGAGGAUUCUAGUCGUUACCAGAGUAGCCCUACUCCAGAAGGAAAAUUCUCCUCUUUACAUAAUGACUUCUUAGAAUUCACCAGUGGAAUGCAAUCCUCAGAAGACCACAGGCCAGUUGUGUGCUUAUUUCAUGGACAGCAUCAAUACUUUUGAGAUUUCUACUCUCGGGUUUGAAACAGGACUCACUAAGGGUAAGUAGUAAUGGUAUGGGGAAAACUAAGUUCAUAUAGCCACAUCAGCAUGACAAGAUAAGUAAAAGGCAAUCCUUUAGUCUGGCCUGCCACAUGUCCCUGAUUCAUGCUAGACACAUCUUAUGCAUUUAUAUAACACUAACCAUAAACAUUCAUGUCUGAAAAGUUAUCUAACAGAAAAAGCUAGAGUUAUCAAGCAAAAACAACCAACAAAAUCCUAUUCCAAUACAAAUGCCCUUUCAUAUUCAUAAGGGGAAUUCAACAAGAGCUGCUAUGAGAUUCAAAAUUUUGGUGUUACAACACCCCAAUCUCAGUAGCAACUGUGGCUUUCAGUUAAAGAACAGGUGAGAUGUUGAAGCAGAAAUUCUGAAGACUGUGUCAGAAUCCAGGCCCACUACAAAACUUGUUCAAAAUUGCUAACAUCUGGGUCACCUGUAUAAAAAUGAUGGUGUCAAUCUGCUCCUCUCUUUUGGUAGGACAUUCAAAGAUCAACUCAGUACUGUUUUCCAAUCAGUGUAGUAAUAAAGUACUGUUAUAUAAUACGCAGAAAAGAAUUAUUCCCUUGAAAUUCUGAAUGGAGGAAAAAAGCCAAAACAAUUUCUUUUGGAAGCUACCCUCUUUUUUCUGGCUUUAUAAUGUUAAGUUCUUAAUGACAAUAAAACUAAGCCCACUUAGUUUAGCAACACAGUCAUACUUCACUUUUUACCAAGCAUGACAACAAGGCAAUUGAACAGCUUUGCAAACUACCAGAGCAGAGGCGUACCUUGCAUAGGCUGGCAUUAAAUCAGCACUUCAUAAAUCAAUCGUGCCCAUUUAGAUGAUCUCUAUGCAGAAUCAGCAGUCUAACACUAGCUCUCACACGCAUUAGAAAUCAUCACUCUGCUAGUCCAACUCACUGUUCAGAUGGUCUUCUUGAAUGCAGCAUUUAUUACAACCUCAUUGUUGCUUCCUACACUGAAGGAAUACCAAAUUCUUAAGUCGGGAGUUCUUCUUUCUCAAUUUAUUGUAAACAGGGGGUCUUGUAACGACCCUGACACUAUUACAAAGCACAGUGCUUUUUAACAGUAAAGCUUCUGGAAAACCCAAACAAAAGACACGUCACCCGGUGACGUCAGCCUAUAUACAGUUCUGUGUGGUCGCAGCACAUAAGCAAAUCCAUUCUUGUGCCGUUUCUCGGAAAAGCUUUUCAGUAAAUGCACUCAUGCUGCUCCAGAAGCUCUUCUCCGAGACAAGCCGCCCAUCUGCCAUCAACAAGUUAAGACCGACAGAACUAACAGCUGCGGUAAGGAAAGCCUGAAGCUCCGAUGAUCAGCAGUAAUCGGAGGAGGAGGAAAUUAUUAACUGAUAAUCAAAGCUGAUUUAAGGGAUCAGAGCACCACAGAAAAAGAAACCGAUGCUAUCUAGAGGAAUAUCCUAAGGAAAAACCAAUUCACCCUGGCAGAUUUGAAUUUUAUUUGGAAAUCCUGGGACACAGAAAACAGGAAACCGGUCAAAGGCUCCUGCAUGUUAGAGCCUUUUACAGACUCACUGCGUUGAGUCUGACAACCUCGACUGAAUGCAGCCUCCAAUGUGCUCAGAAGAAUGGGUAAGUCCAUGCAUUUCUAUGGCAUUUCUUUUACAAUCAAAGAGGAUUCACGCUUUUAUAAAAUAAGCCGGUGAAUUCCCAUUUUAUGAUGCAAAUCACUUGUUUUCGGAUUUUAAAAUUUAUGUAAAGGCAUAUAACACUAAGGAAAGGAACAUGUUUUAAUCUCUUUUAUAUAUGGUUUAAGUUUUGUGUUCCAGUAUACGAGGUUAAUUUUUCUGCAGUAAAAGAAAAAUGUUCCAUGCAGUGAAAUCUUUCAUUAUGAUGUUACAUUGUUGUUGUUUUCAACAGCCCCUGUGUUCUGCUGAAACAUAUCCUAUCUUCUUGUUUUCCUUAAAUUAUAUUCUGCAGGCUUACAUUUCAAGUGGCCAUUAGGGGCCCCUAUGCUGGCAGCAAUAUAUGCAAUGAGUGUGGUUUUAAAAAUGCUGCCUGCCCUGGGUAUGGCGUGUCCACCCAAAUGCCGCUGUGAGAAGCUGCUAUUCUACUGCGACUCUCAGGGCUUCCAUUCAGUGCCAAACGCCACAGACAAGGGUUCUCUGGGCCUGUCCCUGAGGCACAAUCACAUCACAGCGCUUGAAAGAGAUCAAUUUGCCAGCUUCAGUCAACUCACCUGGCUCCACUUAGAUCACAAUCAAAUUUCAACUGUAAAAGAAGAUGCUUUCCAAGGACUAUAUAAACUUAAGGAGUUAAUCUUAAGUUCCAACAAAAUAUUUUACUUGCCAAACACAACUUUUACCCAACUGAUUAACCUGCAAAAUUUGGACCUGUCUUUUAAUCAGCUGUCAUCUCUGCAUCCUGAGCUCUUCUAUGGCCUUCGGAAGCUGCAGACCUUGCAUUUGCGUUCCAACUCCCUGCGGACUAUCCCAGUACGCCUGUUCUGGGACUGUCGUAGUCUAGAGUUUCUGGAUUUGAGCACAAACCGUUUGCGAAGUUUGGCUCGCAAUGGAUUUGCAGGAUUAAUCAAACUGAGAGAGCUUCACCUAGAGCACAACCAGCUGACAAAGAUUAAUUUUGCUCAUUUCCUCCGGCUAAGCAGUCUGCACACACUCUUCUUACAAUGGAACAAAAUCAGCAACUUGACAUGUGGGAUGGAAUGGACCUGGAGCACUUUAGAAAAGCUAGACCUAACUGGAAAUGAAAUCAAAGCCAUCGACUUAACGGUAUUUGAAACCGUGCCUAAUCUUAAAAUACUCCUCCUGGAUAACAACAAGUUAAACAGUCUCGAUUCCAAAAUCUUAAACUCCUUGAGAUCCCUCACAACCGUUGGCCUCUCUGGCAAUCUGUGGGAAUGCAGCCCCCGAGUGUGUGCUCUCGCCUCCUGGCUGGGCAGUUUCCAAGGUCGGUGGGAGCAUUCCAUCCUAUGCCACAGCCCUGACCACACCCAGGGAGAGGAUAUUCUAGAUGCAGUCCACGGGUUUCAGCUCUGCUGGAAUUUAUCAACCACUGUCACUGCCAUGGCUACAACUUACAGAGAUCCAACCACUGAAUAUACAAAAAGAAUCAGCUCAUCAAGUUACCAUGUAGGAGACAAAGAAAUUCCAACUACUGCAGGCAUAGCAGUUACUACAGAGGAACACUUUUCCGAACCAGACAAUGCCAUCUUCACUCAGCGAGUAAUUACAGGAACAAUGGCUUUAUUGUUUUCUUUCUUUUUUAUUAUUUUUAUAGUGUUCAUUUCCAGGAAGUGCUGCCCUCCCACUUUAAGAAGAAUUAGACAGUGCUCAAUGAUUCAGAACCACAGGCAGCUCCGAUCCCAAACACGACUCCAUAUGUCAAACAUGUCAGACCAAGGACCGUAUAAUGAGUAUGAACCCACCCAUGAAGGACCUUUCAUCAUCAUUAAUGGUUAUGGACAGUGCAAGUGUCAGCAGCUGCCAUACAAAGAAUGUGAAGUAUAAUAUCUACUCAGCAUCAAAAAUCACAUCAGAUAAGUAACCUAUUUUACAUUGUAGGGGCUAAAUACAUAUCUAAUUUUUACCAAUUGUGACAUUAAGCCUAAUUUUCCAAAUCAAGUGGAGACUUGAGUUUUUGAAGUGUUGAAGUAUUUUUAAUUUUUUUAAUGAAAACAUAUUUUAAGUGUUAAAUGAAGCAAUGCUCAUAUUAAUUUGCACUCUUGUUGGAAAAUCUAAAUGUUUAAUUCAAUAUAAAACAUUUCAUGUAUGUAAUUAUAUACUAUUGUAUGUAAACAUUUACACUAAGGUCUCCUCCAUAUAUUAUUUUUUUUUCUACUGAAAACAGUUCCGAAAGAAACUACUAAACAAAAAUAGAUAGGGAUGAAAACCUGUUUGAUUAUUAUGCUCCAUCCCAUGGACCACAACUGGCUUCCUGCUUAAAAGGAGACAGCAAAAGUUCUCUUGUAAGAUAAAGUGGUAUUUACUCAAACUAUAAUUUACUGCCAGUAUGAGAAGUAGACUUACAUGUGUGUUUAAGACUGGUAAAUAUUAAACAUUAUUCUUUCAGAGUUUGGCCUGGUUUAAUAGACAUUAUCUAAGUUACAUCAUGAAACCAGCACCUUUUACAUAACUCUAAUAAAACCGGGUGACUCUUUAAUUUUCAACAAUAAAUCCAAGCAAUUAUUUUAAAAGGUCUCAUUAUAAUAAAUCAAUACUAAAUAAUUACACUGACUUCUUAUACAAGUCUAGUUUGACUUAUAAUGGACAUGCUGAUUUUUGUGGCAUUUAGACUAUUAUUUUAAACUAGUAUUAAAUUAUCAUUUUACUAAUUAACUUACUAAAUCCUAAACUUAUGUAAAAACCUGCAGUUUGGAAAGAGAAAAACUGAGUCAACUUAACAAUCCUGAUAUACUCCAUCCGGUUUGAAAAGACAGCCCCUCUCAUGAUUAAAGAUGCCUUGACAAACUGUUUAAGCUUCUUCCUUCUGUCUUUUUCUGAUCUUUAAACCUCAAAGACCCAAAUUAAAAAUAAUUGGGUACUAAAGAUGCCUAACACUGAAUCUUGUUACAUUAUAAAGAAACAAUGAAAAAUUAAUUUCAAAAUAUGAUGUUAAAGUUUGACCUUUAAUAAAGAUACACAUUUAUAUUGUCAGCUCCUUUUGAGACAGAACUAACCUAUUUCCGAGGCAAGUCCUAAGGCAGAACUCUUGAUACAGGCCCUGCAGCCAUACAACAGUAAGUGAAGGCAGAAGCUGGACUCUCAGGUUAGUGGAAGCUAUGAAGCAGCAAACAUUAUUGUACAAUUUGCACCAAAUAAGCGAUGCUCAGGGACCUGUAUGAUACAGAAGUAGGCUCUUUGGUGUAAAUACGGAUGCUCUCGUCAUAAUAACAAAUGACAAUGAUGCCACAUUUUUUUCAUGAAGGAAAGAAUCACAAGUGUUCAAUUAUGACUUCUUUAAAGCAAGUGAUGACAUACUGAGGAUUUAGACUCAAGAUACCAAUUCAUGUAGAAUUUUUCUACAAAGAAGGCUCCACAUAUAGGAGAAUACUAAACUUAAAGCAUCAAUUUGAUUUCAGGAAAAAAAAAAAAAAAACAAGCAUUCGUAUGUGGAAAAAAUGUAUAAAUCCUUAAAGAAAGGCACUAACAUAAAAAAGGGAGGCAUCCUUUCCUUAACAUGGAUAUUUAUCACUAUAUUCUUCACUCAAAGCUUAUUUCCUCCCCAAGAUUGAAUUGAAAUGUUACUACAGACCUAGAUUCAAUCACAAUUUUCCUCUUUUAGCACAGAAAAAAAACACCCACAUUUCAAAUCUCUUAGCAAAAAGCAGACAAUAUUCAGGUUACAGUGAGAAUAUGUGUUCUUUAUGUAUUUAAGGUGGGUAGAUUAGUUUGGCAAAGCCUCAGAGCAGUUCAAUUCAGUUGAUCUUGAGUGGCAAGCAUUUCAUCUCCUGAUAACCCAGACGCUGGGCUUGUCUGAGCAAAGACAGAUGCUGGUUUUCCGGCACAGAGCACAGCACACUGCUUCCCCACCGAGGUGGGGAAGAAUUUACCAACUUGUAUGAUGGCGACCACUGCCAUUUGUCAGGUGAUAAGACAGCUUGUUCACAGCAACAGCUUUGAGCAUACAAGACUCCAUUGGCCCUAAAGGAUAAGUGUUUUUUCCUCAUUUCAAAUGAUAACCAAAAUCAAUUCGAACUGUGAGUUAAAAAGUAAGCAAUAUAACUAGGAACUCCAACUGACCCUAAAGGACAUAGUUAAUGAAGUAUAUGUAGCAGAGCAAACCAUUCAGCACCUGAGAGCAGUGCCAAAGCCGCUGAGGCACACUAUGGUGGGGGAGGGGAGGCACACACUGUUCAUUUGUUUUUCCUUCCAUGGUUUUGGUAAUGGUAAUGCCAACCAGGUAUUUUCCUUUCUUACUUAAAGCACAAAUUGCCAUUUCUAAUUGCCUCAGAAAGCAGGGUUCCAUUUAGUUAACAAGGAUUUGUACUGCAGUGCUAUCAACUGGCCAGAGAAGAACUGCCUCACAGGAAAACCAUUCAUAGUUCCUAAGUCAAAAAUGUGAGGGCUUUCGGGUGGGGUUUUAUUCUCUUAAGCAUUAACAACACACCUUUCCCUCUCCUCAAUUUUAAGAGUUAGUGUAAAAUGAUCAUCGCGAAUCAGAAAAAUGAAAUGUCUACCUAGGAACUAAGAAGUAGUUUGCAACUACAGUGACUCAUUUCCUUAGCCUACAGGAAAUUCGAGCUUACCUUUCUGGAAAGUGAGCUGGUAAGUCUGAAAAUCCAUUCAAAACUCAUAAUACGUACUGCCAGCAUCAAAAAGCAGACACUAAUUUUUAAGCCAAAUAAUUGUAUUAUCACAUAUAAUUUCUUAAUGAGUCUAAGUUAAUUUCUGUACCAAUUCAAUGAAUGGAAUUGACUGAACUUCCUAAUUCUACUCACUAAUUAUUAAAGUCCAUCUGCUUAUUACAAUGCUAGUCACUAAAGCUAGACCCUAUCUUCCCAAUAAAAGCCAGCUCUAUGUAGACUGGUCUGAAUUCUAAAAUAUGAAAUAGUCUUAUUAUUUUCUUGAGUCACACUUCCCACACAUAGCUGUGUAGGGGAGUGGG